UGACUCCUCUGGAUUCUUCUGAAGAUGGAUGGAGAGCGCAGUAGGAAUAAAGAGCGUCUCGAGGCCAGUUUAACAUGGCUAUGUGAGCUGGAAAUGUUAAAGCAGCGGCAGGAGAGUCUAGUCCUGGGCGCCUUGUCGCUCGGGGACACAGUGCCUGGAUGCCUGGCGUGGGGUGAUGUCGGUCCGGCCCGCAGCAGCAGCAGAGAGCACGAGCAGCUGACACUAAGACGACAGCUGAAACGGCUCCAGGGCGCCCCCAGUCUGCUAAUGCUGGCACUGCAACAGCAGCUCAGUGAGUUGAGGGUAGAUGGAGGACUCACAUGUGAGCAGAAUACAGAGGAGGAUUUGGAUUGUCCCAGUGCAUCCAGCUCAGGGCUUUAUGACCAAAGUGAUAGUCUAUCUCCUCCACUGCGUACCUGUUCGACACCAAACCUUGCUGUCUCCUGUCACAGGCCCAGAUCAAUGGAUGCCUACAUGCUAGACUGGGAGGCUCAUAUGGAGCCCCCAAUACAUGCCAAUCUUCCCCGCUCAUUUUCUGCCCCAUACCCCCCUCUAGAGGGUAUUGCUGAGGGAAUAGAGGAGGAAGAGGAGAACGAAGAAAGCCCUCAGUGGACUACAGAUCAGAUGGUGGAAGAUGGGCAAAUGGCUGAUGGUAAUGAAAGACUUGCGCUCGAGAUUAACCUCACUACUGAUUCUGAGGCAGACCCUACAGAAAAGAUAGAUGACGGCCCAACGGCAGAAGACAUCCAGCAGGCCAUGCGUGUGGAGGCGUACAUCCUGGGUCUCCUGCAGCGUCGACACCUCAGAUCAGCACCAGAACUGGACUCUGAUCCCAAUCGGUGGCAGCACUUACACACAUACCCAACCAGUUACCCUAACUGUCCAGACCUUCCACUUGAUCAACCAGAAUGGCAGAAUUGGACACCUCAUUCAGAGGAAGAAAAUGAGAGGGAUGUUCAGGAGGUAUAUUACAGGAAUCUUCCUAAUGUCCAAACUGGACCAACUUCCAUGACAAGCGAGGAGCAAGAAUCCUCCUUAGAAAUGGAUCAAUAUGGAUUUGCAGAAGUCUCCACCAGCACUGAUGAGAUUGACUCACCUUGGCAACAACGUGGUUACCUUGAACACAUCCCCACUAUGUUAAACACCCCAAAGCCACAUUAUAUUCACACCUGCUGCAAUCAUACCUGCACAUCUAUGUCAGCAACUCCAGAGUCUCAUGAGCAACCCCAGCCACUCGCUUCUCAAGAGUGGUCUCUUCUUCAGUCCCUAUUCAGAAGGGGUUCUGAAGAUAGGUGGACAUCCAUAGGACACAGAAAUGCCAGGACAACCAGCCGCUCUAGGUCAGAGGACAGUGGCCUCUCUCAAGGAUGGGCCACCCAACCUGAGCACAAAUACUUUACAGUGGGGCGGGACAUGGGCAGUCACCGUAGUGAUGAAUUUAACCCAUCCAGUCAACGCCUCUGGUGCUCCUCGGCAGAUCUUAGUCAAGAGGAGGACGAGGGAAUAUCCAGAGAGGAGGCUUGUGAGCUCAGACAGAACAAUUUACCUGUUCACAGCCUCAAACACACCUGUGAGCAGGACCGGAGGGUUGGGAAGGGGUUGGCAGCAGGUAUUGCACCAACCAAUUGUUCAGACUCCAGUCUGAGCGAGACUUUCUCCCCAGGGACGAGUUCUGUGUCUAGUGACUCGGAUGAGAGUGGAGGCCUGGUCUGGCCACAGCAGUUGCCCCCUCGUUUGCCUCCUUCCUCCUCCUCACAGAACCCCUCCAAUGCUGUGGUCAAGAUUAAAGCCUCACAUGCACUCAAAAAGAAGAUAAUGCGUUUUCGCUCAGGCUCUCUCAAGCUUAUGACCACUGUCUGAGUCUGGCCACCCCUUAUAUUUAAGGUUUAAGAAAAUCUCUGCCCUUUUCUUGGCACAUGCUGCAAUUUUUUUUAUUAUAUUUUUACAAAUUUGUGAGAGUGCUCGAUCUUAUUUGAAGAAGUUCAACUAAAGUUCUGUACCACAAUUAAUCAAAAACUUUGGGGUUACCACUUUGGGGUUAAUGUUCACUUCAUUCAUUUACAUUACGUUAUGAUUUCCAGCCCAACCUCAAUUCUGUUAUGAUUAUGUUCAUAGUCACGUACACUCUGUUUUAGGAUUGAAAACCAUAUAAAAUGGUGGACAGUGAUAACCACAAUAACGUAAAUAAGAAGCAUACAUGCAGGUAUUCAGAGACAAAUUAUCAUCUGAAAGAUUUUUUCAAGAGUGGUGCAGCUUUUUGUUUAUGCUAGUUAACAAGCUAAAUAUUUUAAUCAGUGUGCUCAACAUAAUGUAUGUUUAACUCUGCACACAGGGAUAGUGAGAGAAUCCUCAUUGGAGAGAAAUUGGUCACAUUUACCUUUGCUCAGCAAAAUUCCGUGGGUGAACAACAUUACAGUCGUUUCAAUGGGAAUCUGUAAAAUCAGAAAUUUUGCCUGAUGGUCUUCGGAUGACUAAGAAUUUCCUUAUGCCAUCCCAGAUUAGUAUGACUUUCUUUCAUCUGUUGAACUGAAAUUAAGAUUUCUAGUAGGGAUGUGCACAGUUACUGUUUUUAAACAUUCAGUUAACCACUAUCGUUCAUGAAUGGUUAAUCGUUUUUUUCAUCAGGACACAAGAAUAAAGGGGGGGUGUCCUUUUCUGCAUAUUGCAGUCCCCUUCAGCAUACCGCUGUGCCGUUUUGUGGCCCUCUUCAGCCACUCGCAAGCCUUUUUUAUUAUUAUUAUUUACUAACUAAGAACUAAUGCCUGAAUCAAGCCAUUUUAACACUACCCUGCUGCUGAUGCUGUCACAUGUUGUCCACAGAUUAAUGCAGAAGAGAAAGUGACUUCCACAGACAUAUAGAUGAACCUUAUUUAAAUAUUUUUACCUUGUUUAUAUCUUUUAACGUGCAAAAAGUAAUUAUUAGGGGCCAUUGCCAUUUGCAUUUUAAAGAGGGUAAUUUACAAGGUUCAUCUCUUAGACAUUAUAUGACAGGAUUGCUAGGGUCAUGGUGGCAUGCUUAUUUGUACUAUGUACCACAUUGCCUGCUAUGCCCCAGGUGAUUUCUCUAGUUUGCACAGCACAUGGGUUGUCCAUUCAUUUUUGAAUUACAUGAGACUGAAGUCAGCUUGAUACAUUCAUAUUUUGUAGAAUGUUUGUUAAAACACAUUUGUAGAGAACCUUAUAAAUUAGUAUUUAUAUUUUGACUAUAAUGUUAUAGCAUGUAGCUUCCUCAUUAGCACCACCUAGUGCACUAGGUGAAUGAAAUAUUUGAUUUACUUGCUGUUGGUUAGCACAUGUAUGGCACUGGUAAGGGAGUU